CUACUUUUCGUCAGUCUUUGCAUUCUCCAUAAAAUUCCAUCAAGAAGCUCGUCAGCGGCUAUUAACUGCAUCAACCUGCGCAGUAUCUCACCUCGAGACAAAAUCAAUUCUCCUCAUACAUUCUACAAGAAUAUCGUGGGUUGCUAUGGGAUUCGAACUCAACUAUCAUCUUGGCACUGGGAAACCCAGUACUGAAAAAAGAUACAGAGUCUCUCAAGUUCUUUCAGAUCAUCAAGUCCCUCAUGUGGUCUGGUUUGAAGAUGCUCUUGUCCACUAUGGUGUUCCUACCGCGGUGUUUGACCUAUAUAUCCUCGUCGAGGAUAUUGAACUAACAGCUGAAUGUCUUGCAAAAGCUGGAUGGACUUUUGAUAUGCAUAGACCACAUCGUAUUGGGAAUGCAGAGGUUGACUUGAUGAGCCUCCCUCAACAGCGAUUAAUAUCUGCGGAUAACCACACGAGAACUAUCCUUCUUCCUGCUACCGACUGGAACUUUUCCCUAACUGACGCGCAACUGGAAUAUGCCGAUAUACGACCGGACUCUGCAUCUUCAGACAAUAAAUUACCAUUCAAAGUUCCAUUUCCACCACUAGCCGGCUUGCUAGAUGCACUCAUUGAGAGCUGGCUAGAGUGUCCUAGCGAUGAUACAAUGCUGUCGAUUGUCCUGGCUUGUCAAAUCUCUUACCUCUAUGCACAUGUUCCAGUUUUGAAGCAACAAAAGUCAUUUGUUGAGCAGAUGAGAUAUGAACAUCGUCAAUUUCACUUCGACGUGUUGGCAGGAAUGGAGACCGGUACACUGCCAUUUCGAAGACACCAGCGGCCUAUUCGUGAUGCGCUACGACGGGGAGAGUACGAGUUACGGGAAUGCUCUGCCCCCCGCGACACUAAAGAGCUUUUUUUUCCUCUGGGGAGGCUUGGCUCGAAGCCGGUUGAAGAAGAGCAGCAGGAUGAGGAUACCACCUGAAGGGAAUCUUGCAAGGUUUUCUCUUUUGUUUAGCCUCAUUCAUUGUUUCGAAUACCC